UUAUUCGCCUUAUUACAAACUGUUGUUCUAUAAUUAUUUGGAUUAUUUUCUAAAUUAUGGCUGUUGCUUUUAACAGAGAUUAGCUGAAAUUACAAAAGCAUUAACAUCUUCCUACAGCUUGCGAUGUCAAGAUGAUUCCAUUGAAAGAUAACAUAGAUGUGGCCUCCUUUUUGGUCACAAAACAUGCAUGGAAAGGCAAGUAUAAGAGAGUGUUUUCUGUGGGCACACAUGGGAUCACCACAUACAAUCCCGACCGUUUGGAGGUGACCAACAAAUGGCUGUACUCUGAUGUAAUUACGGUUGCAUCAGCUAAACACUCAAAUUCUGCUGCCAACCAUGAUUUCACACUGGUCAUGAAGAAGGACAAGAAAGUGGAUAAUAUGAAGUUUUCAUCAGAACACAAAUGUCUCAUUUUAACAGAGGCUUUCAAAUAUAGACAUUUAUUUGCUGAGAAAUCCAAGGAUGUGUUUAGAUACCAGGCCUACAAACACCAUUGGAGUGGCACUCGGCUGCCUAUAGUUCUUGAAGUGGGUCCAUGCGCAUUAGAUCAGUUGGAUCCGUCCACUCACACCUUGUUGGCUAGUUACCCCUAUUGUGAUAUACAAGGAAUACUCCAAGUUAGAGAUGUACCAGGUGGAUUUGUGCUAGCAGUUGGUGGCUACAGUAGAUUGCAUCUCUUUUCUAAUGCUAUGGACCAUCAGAUCAUUAUAAACAAGAUGCUGGAAAUGGCAAAUUUGAUGUUGAAUAUAAGCAUUAAGGUGUUAUCUGCUGUGAUAACACUGGAUGAUUAUCAUGAUCAGAGAUUUGGAAAGUAUAGUGGUGAUGAACAUCAGACGUCACUAAGUGAGUUUAUAGUCCACAAGGUAAAUCCUGCGCGGCACAUGGAACCAAUGCGGCGUACCCUCUGCCUCUCAGACACUUGCAUAUUGGAAAGGGAUCCACAGACAUAUUCAGUUGUCUGUCUGCGCCCUUUGAGCGACGUUUUUGCUUUAGUACGAGAUCCGGAUCAUCCACAAAAGUUCUCUAUAGAGUACCUCAAUGGACAAACUAGAACAUACAUGGCUGGAGAAAGAGAUGCGCUAUUGGCCUCCCUGUUAGAUGGUGUGCGAUCGGCCGGUCAACGAGACGUGCACGUGCGCUCGUCGCCCACGCCUCGAGGGUACAGGCUUGGUCCAUUACACCAGGCAGUAGAUGAAGAAACUGAAUCCAAUCAUCUACGAUUAUUCCAAAACCCUGUUGGUAUGUGCCGCGCGGAAGUGAUCGAGCGGUUCAACGCUAAUGUGGGUUACAGUGGUCUCAUCUACUCCGUCAGCCAGGAUCGCUUGUUCGCGGAAAACAAAGAGAAACUGAUAACUGGAGCGCUGAGUGCGCUCGUGAGCAGCGCUGCAGCGGGUGGAUCGUUGCCGCCACGUGAACUAGAGGCUCAGUUCCACGCGCUACGGAGGCUCUGCGCUAGUAAAGUUGGCUUUGCUGCAUUCACCGCGCUGCCCGGUUUCCGGGAGUGGAUCGGUAACGCGGUGGUGAGCGCCCUGCGGCGCGGCUCGGCGGCGUGCAGCCACGCGGCGCUGGAUGCUGUGUGCGCGCUGAUGCAGCCCAUGCACCAGGAGCCCGACCUCCGCCAGGAGCAGCUCAACAAGGCCAGCAUGCUCUCCUCAACGGCAUUCCUUGAAGGAUUGCUCACCAUGUGGGCCGAUCAUGUGACAUCGGGUAGCGGUGCGUUAGUGGUAGCAGCCAUGCUGGAUUUUCUCACGUUCGCACUGUGCGUGCCGUACAGCGAGACCACAGAUGGCAAGCAGUUCGAUCAGCUACUAGAGAUGGUUGCCAACAAAGGCCGCGUGUUGUUCAAAUUGUUUGAGCACCCGUCGAUGGCGAUCGUGAAGGGCGCGGGGCUGGUGACGCGCGCGCUGGUGGAGGAGGGCGGCGGCGCGGUGGGCGCGCGCAUGCAGGCGCUGGCGCUGGCCGAGGCGGCGCUGGCGCGGCACCUGCUGGCGGCGCUGUUCGCGCCCGCGCGCCUGCAGCGCCGCCACCUCGCGCGACACCUGCUCGCGCUCUGGCUCGUCGGACACGCGCCCGGCACGCAUCCUGGUAUAUAUAAUGUGCAGCCGUCGGGCCUGCUCGCGUUCCUGGAGUCGGCGGAGACGCCGCCGGCGGGAGCGCUGGAGGAGGGCGAGCAGCAGCGCGACAACCUGCAGCUGGCGCAGGCCGCCGCCGGCAAACCGCGCGCUCCGCACUGGGAGGCGCUCGAGCGACAGGUCAAGUACGUCGAGAAACAUCUCGAGCACUAUGCAGCGCUGGCGGUGCAGCACUGGGCGCAGCGUAUGGGGGGCGGUGCGGGCGGUGCGGGCGGUGCGGGCGGUGCGGGGGGUGGUGCGGGGGGCGGCGCGGGCGCGGCGCGGGAGGCCCGCGAGCGGCCCGUGGUGCUGCGGCGGCGCCGGGAGCGGCUCAAGUCCACCGCCAACUGGCCGCUGUUCUACUACCAGUUCCACCGCGACCACGCGUUGCCCAACCUCAUAUGGAAUCAUACCACACGUGAAGAAUUGCGCAACGCACUCGAGAAUGAAGUACGCACUUUCACACUUGACCGUGAAGCGGCUGGCUCCACUCUCACGUCGUGGAACCACGCCGAGCUGGAGCUCCAUUACCAGUGUCUUCAGAAUGAGGUUAAGAUUGGUGAUUACUAUCUGAGAAUACUGCUCGAGCAAAGGGACAACGACGACAGUCCGAUCAGAAAAUCAUACGAGUUUUUCAACGACCUAUACCAUCGGUUUCUGUCGACGCCCAAGGUGGAAAUGAAGUGCAUGUGUUUGCAGGCGAUGAGUAUUGUCUAUGGACGUUAUUAUGAAGAUAUUGGGCCCUUCGCAGACACCAAAUACAUUGUGCAAAUGUUAGAUAGGACAUGUGAUAGAAUGGAGAGAGAUAGACUUGUACAGUUUCUAGCUAAACUAAUUUUACAUAGAAGAAAUGUUAGCGAGAUAUUAGAAUGGAAUGGUAUAAAAAUCCUAGUGGAGCUGAUGACGCUGGCUCACCUGCACACGUCCCGCGCCACCGUGCCCGCGCAGAGCAACGUCAUCGACGGACCCGCGGCCGGCGGCGGCGACCGCGAGUGGUACUACAACCUCGAACUCGGCGACAAGCUGCAGCGGGUCGGGCCAGUCUCCUUUCAACAGCUGAAAGAUCUUUACAAGUCUGGAGAAAUAAACAAUAAGACGAAAUGCUGGGCAAAUAGUAUGGAAGGGUGGCGCGCACUGGCAAGUGUGCCGCAGCUUAAGUGGACCCUGGUGGCUCGCGGGGCGGCCGUGCUGGACGAGAGCGCGCUGGCAGCCACCGUGCUGGACCUCCUCAUCACCUGCACCAAAUACUAUCCCAGCAGAGAUGAAGAGGAUGCAGUAAUAAGACCUUUGCCGAAAAUCAAAAGAAUGCUCUCCGAACCUGCGUGUUUAGCGCACGUCGUACAGCUGCUGCUUACUUUCGAUCCCAUACUUGUUGAAAAGGUAGCGACAUUAUUGUAUGAAGUGAUGCAAGAUAAUCCCGAGAUUUCGAAACUGUACUUGACCGGCGUGUUCUACUUCAUGCUUUUGUAUACCGGCUCCAAUUUACUGCCGAUCGCAAGGUUCCUGCGACUUACGCAUAUGAAGCAGGCGUUUAGAGUCGAUCAAUCGAGUUCAGACAUAAUGCAGAGAUCUAUAUUGGGCCAACUGUUGCCGGAAGCGAUGGUGUGUUACUUGGAGAACCAUGGCUCAGAGAAGUUCGCACAAAUAUUCCUCGGCGAGUGGGAUACUCCUGAGGCCAUAUGGAAUUCGGAGAUGAGGCGGAUCCUGAUAAUGAAGGUGGCGGCGCACAUCGGCGAGUUCACGCCUCGUCUGCGCGCGCACGUGGCGGCGCGGUACCCGUACCUGGCCGUGCCGGCCGUCUGCUACCCGCAGCUGCAGCACGAGCUCUUCUGCAGCAUGUUCUACCUGCGACACCUCUGCGAUACGCAAACGUUCCCCGACUGGCCCAUACCUGAACCAGUGCGGCUAUUAAAAGACGUGUUGGAGGCGUGGCGGCGCGAGGUGGAGAAGAAGCCGCCGUCGAUGAGCGCGAGCGAGGCGUACGCGGCGCUCGGGCUGCCGGCCGGCCAGCACGACGAGGCGGCCGUCAGGAAGGCCUACUACCGCCUCGCGCAGCAGUACCACCCCGACAAGAACCCCGAGGGACGCGAUCGAUUUGAAGCAGUGAAUCAAGCUUACGAGUUUCUGUGCAGCAGGAAUGUGUGGACUGGUGAUGGGCCCAACACAAACAAUAUCGUGUUGAUAUUACGCACACAGACUAUAUUAUUCAAGAGAUAUUCAGACGUGCUGGCGCCGUACAAGUACGCGGGGUACCCGAUGCUGCUGAGCACGGCGCGGCUGGAGGCGGCCGCGGACGCGCUGUUCUCUGCGGGUGGUGGCGGCGGCGGCGGCGGCGGCGAGCUGCUGCCGGCCGCCUGCGAACUGGCACACGCCACCGUCGCCUGCUCCGCACUCAACGCGGAGGAGCUGCGCCGCGAGGGUGGACUGCAGGUGCUGCACGAGGCGAUGUCGCGGUGCGUGCCGGUGCUGCCGGGCGCGCUGGGCGCGGCGGUGUGCGCGCACGCCGCGCGCUGCUUCGCGGUGGCGGCGCGCUUCGACGCCUGCCGCCAGGUGUGCGCGCAGAUGCCCAACCUCUGCCUCGACAUCGUGCCGCUGCUGCGACGACCUAAUCUGGGCGAGACGGCGUGCGCGGGCGCGGAAGCCACGGCAGCAUUGGCAGCGGACGGCACGUGCCGCGCGUCGUUGGCCCGCGCCGGAGCCCUGCACGCGCUGCUGCCGCUCGUGCUGCAGUACGACUACACGCUCGCAGAGUCCGGCGUCGACAGCGACGCCGCCGCCAACAAGCAGGAGGUAGCAAACCAGCUAGCGAAAGAGUGCGUUCGUGCGCUUUCAGAGCUGUACGGGCCUCACUCUGAACCAGAGCAUGCGCCCACCGAUGAACGCAUUACUGAUGCUCUUCAUACGCUGCUCACACCAUAUCUCUGCUCAAAAUUAUCUCAAGAGGAUACACACGAGCUCCUAAAAACUUUGACAUCGAAUUGGCGCAAUCCGUACCUAGUAUGGGAUAAUAGUACGCGGGCGGAACUUCGCGACGUGUUACGGGACACCCGGUGCCUGAUGGAGGAGGAGGCGCCGCUCGUGCAGCCGUUCGUGUACAGCGCUCACCAGGGGCUUGUCUCCGUCGGUGGCGUCUACAUCGACAUAUACAACGACCAACCUGACUUCCCUAUCGAGAAUGCUCAGCAGUUCAUCUUGGACUUGUUGAAGUACGUACAGACAGAGACAAAGGCUGACAUGACGACUGAACGAGUAGCGAACCUCACUUUAGCGCUUACUGCCAUCGCUAACGUCAUAAUAAAGCAUCCUGGCGUGGAGAUCCAGUGCAUCGGCCAGUUCGGUCUGAUCUUCGGUCUGAUGUCCGCGCGCGCGCAGCCCGCCCUGCAGGCGGCGGCGCUGGGCGCGGCGCGUGCUGCGGCCGGGAACCGCGCCUGCGUGGAGGACGUGGCGUCGUCGGCCGUGCUCGGACACCUGGUGGCGCUGCUGGCCGCGCGCCCGCCGCCGCCGCCCGCGCUCGACGUGCUCGCCGCGCUGCUCGCCAACACCGCGCUCGUCAAGGAGGCGCUCGCCAAAGGUGCUGUGAUAUAUCUUUUGGACUUGUUCUGUAAUAGUAAGAUUCCGGAGACGAGAGAGGCUUCUGUGGAGUUGUUAGCGCGGAUGAUGGCCGACAAACUACACGGGCCCAAGGUCCGUUUGAUGUUGUGCCGGUACGUGCCGGGUGUGUUCGCGGAGGCGAUGCGCGAGGCUGGUGCGGCGCACGCGCUGCACAUGUUCGACACGCAGCACGAACACCCCGAGCUCGUGUGGACCGACGACUCGCGACGCAGGGUCGCCUCGCACGUUGCACAACUAAGGGACAGGCACCAAUCGGAUCAGCUUCGCGAUCCAAAUAUAACAUUCGAGGACCGCGAGACUCUGGAGCGAAUGUCCGGUGGGGAGGAGACGUGGGCGCCGCCCGGCGAGGUGGUGGUGGCCGGCGUCUACCUCAAACUCUAUCUACAGAACCCGCAAUGGAACCUACGCAGCCCCAAGCGUUUCCUGCAGGAGCUACUUACUGAAACUUUCGCAUCGCUCAAUAAGGAUUCGUCCGAGGGAAGCCGUGGUGACGUGUGCGCUAAAGCGCUAGAGGUGCUGUUACGGACGCGGCCGCAAUUAGGCGAGACGUGUGCGCAGCUGGGCGAGCUGCCGCGCCUCGCUCGCCUGCUCGCCGCCUGUCCGCUCCACGCCGUGCCAGUGCUCGCCGCGCUCGCGGACUCACAGGCGUGCGUGAUGGCGUUGACACAAAUUGACCUAAUGCCCGGACUGAAGACGGCGAUUAAGACGUGUCGAGAGAUCGUCAGCAGCGCGUGUGAAGCGCUCGCCUCUAUAUUUAACAGCAAUGUUAAUACGGAUCGACUAGUUUUACAGGCGCUGGAGUGCGAGCUGGUGGGCGAACUGCUGGCGGCGCUGGAGGCGCGGCUGGAGGCGCGCGCGGCGGCGCGGCUGGUGGCGGCGCUGAAGGCCAUGGCGCGCUCGCCCGCGCACGGCGACCGCGUGCGUGCGGCGCUGCAGCGGAGCCGCGUCUGGGACCAGUACGCCGCCCAGCGACACGACCUCUUCAUAUCCGCGCCCCAGCAUCACGCCCUCACCGGUGCGUCUCACACAGCUGGCUACUUAACAGCGCCACCAGUAGACAUUCCAGCUCAGCCGCCGCCUAUCGACUGAUUUCCAACUAGCUCUGGCUGACCGAAGACUUCAUACGUGAGUGUGGUUCCACAAUAUGCAACACGUUGUAGGGUUUUAAUAGCCGAUAUGGGAUACUAGGUCAUGUCGUCACAUGUUCCUGAUGUAAUUGUUUCGGUAAUUUGCUGCUGAUACCAAAACCCAUACACAUAAGUGAAAACGUAUAACAAAUAAUCGUCCGAUAUCUCAAGUAGGCCUGCUGUAGUCGUCGACCACUGGCGGUAUCGGUACCGUUAUAUCCAACACUGUAUCAAAUAAGCUGGAAAUGCUCAGAUGCUAUCUAAUUUUUCGUGUCUUUGACACCACUCGACUGACCUACAUUACUAUUUUAUAUAUAAUCUUCAUAAGAGUUUAAAAAAGAAAUUAUUGAAAUAUCGAACUAAAAUGUAAGACAACGUUAAAUGUACUAGACGCUUUAUUUUUUAAAAACAUUAUUUUUUGUGAUAUGGCCGUUAAGGUAUAUAAUAAAAAUAUCGUUUUUCAAUUUAAAACGCAAACCCUAUUUCAGGUCACGUCUAUAACAGAGGUUUUAAAUCUAAAAUAUGCAAAGAUUGCAGUUAUAUCCGACAUUAUAUAUAAAUUAUAAAAACAGAACUCACUUAACUUUCAGCAGUGUAAAAUAUAGUUAACUGGAAGUCAGUGUUAAAACAGGACAUAUUUCAGUUGAUGCUUAAUUAAUUUGUGCAUGAAAAUAAAUGCCUAAUGGUAUUAAAGUUAAAAUUAAUUGAUUGGCAGUGUAACCGUAUUGAUACCUUAUAACUUGUAAUGUAUGUCUGUAUAAUUAAUACUUAUAUACGCCAAAUCUUAAACACAAGAUAUAAUCAGUCGUGACGUUUUGAAUUUUUGAGGGUUCGUUUGGGGAUUAUCUAUAAAAUGGAUAGCAUUCUAUAGAGCAAAUAUCUGAAACCAUACCGUGGUUAUAUCAGUACUUAUGAUCAUGUAUAAAAUAUAUUUCAUAAGACCAUUUUAUGAUAGUUGAUAAUUGUCAUUGUAAUAUAGGUUGAUUUAUAAAACAUCUAUAAAUAUAAUUAUGAUACACUAAAGUAUUAUCAGCCAAAGCUCGUCUGUGGUUUUAUGGUGUGGGUGUGUACAGAAUAUGAUCUCCUUGCAAAUAAAUACCACAACAUUACCUGUAAUAUUCCUAUAUAAUUAGACAUAAGUUUUAUAUUCACUACUAUGAUAAAAUUCGCACUUUUGUAUGAAUAUAGGUUAGGUUUGAACCGGAGAUUGGGAAAAAUACUCGAUUAUUGUUAUUAUUAAGCCAAUUAAUAUAUUUUUAAAUAUCAUUAGUGUUCUGUUAUUAAGUUACUACUUAUUCCUCUUUAUAAUUGUUUAAGAAUAUUUUAAAUGGUGAUGUAUUCAAUAUCGCGAAUUUCUAUUUGUAUUAAAUUUCUAUCGGUAUUGUAUUGAUUAAAGUUUGUAUCUAUGUAUCUCUGUAAAAUAUAUAUGGUUAUAAAGAAAUCACUUACUUAUAUUAUUUUAUGUAUAGAUAUAUUUCACUAUAAGUGUUAGUUAGUAUUAGGAUAGUGAUAUCGAAAUGAAUCGGUUUGUUUAUGAAAUAUGUUUGGUUUUACUGAAUUGUCGUUUAUACUUAUAAUCUUGCCAUUCCUUAUAUUGGUUUGAGACUAUAUUAAUAUUGGAAACGUAUGGAGACUAUUAUUAUUCAUAUUCGGUACUAUAAUUGAAUUUAAUAUGUGUGAAAUAUUUUGUUUAAUUCUUUUGUUACUCAUUCAUUGCGACCAUUGUAUUAAGUUUUUUGUUUAAUGAAAUUAACACGAAAUUUUCUGUCAUUUAGAAGAGAGUGGUAAUAAGUCUGUAGUUCUUAUAAUGUUUAUUUGAUUUUAUAAGAUAUAUAACGAGGGAAAAAAUAUAUGAUACUAUGUAAAUAUCAUAUAUUUUUUUCCUUGUUAUAUUAUUGCGCAAUAUUUUUUUUUAUAAAGUGUCUGUCAGAUGGACUGUCUGUGUUUAUGACCGAUACGUGUAAAUAAAUAUAAAAUUUCCUAUGUCUCAUUAUGGUAAAAUUUUGCCAUGUUACCAUUGUCGUCAUGGAGGUCAGGCCUAAACUGCAUGAUAAUUUUGCAUGUAAUUUAUUUAAUUUUUUAUUGUUUAAUCGUGAAAUAAAACUGGUGUUAAUAAUAGAAUUUUGAAUGUAAACGAUCUUGCCAUGUUAUUGUCUGGCACUAACCAUUGUAAUAUUGAAUUACUAAAGAUUAUUCCACAGGGCAUGAAUAACAGUAAGUCUGUAAGAACUCGAUUUUUAGUGUGAUAUUGAUUUUAGUAUAUUACGCGGUGGUUUAUUCAGUCAUAUCAUAGCGUAAGCACUCUAUUAUGAUUAUUGCUAUUGUUUGCUCAUACGAGUACGUCCUAACAUAAUGUACUGAAUAUAACAUCACGAAUGAACGUGAAAGGAUUUUUUAAUAUCGUGUGUUCAUAGCUUUAUGGCUUAUGUAUUGUUUUCUUUAUCGUAUAGGAAUUGUCUCUGAUAAAUUAUAAAGGUAUGAAUACACGAUAGUUUAAAAUGGCAAGUAUUUGAUGGUAACAUUUGAUUGUUAAAUUGAAGUGAUGCAUAUGAAUAUUUUUGUAUUUAGCAUUAAGUUUCAGUGUACAAUAUAAGUAUGAAGAUAAUAUAAUG